ACCCACCCACCCACCCACAGACUAGCAGGAAGAACAACCCCUUGUUUCAAUUAACCGGCGCCUAUAUUAUUCGGAGUCUCUGCCCCACUUUCACUCUCUAAACAUCUUUGCGCGCCUCCGCAUUCCCGCGAAUCAAACCCCCCCGCACAAUUCUCUGUCUCUUCUCUCCCAAAUUUCCCUCUCUAGAUUCCUUUCAUGUCUGAUUCAAAUUCUCUCGCUCUCCUCGUAGCUCUAUCUAUCUAACAACACUCUCUCUCUAUAGAUAUAUAUAUAUAUAUAUAUAUAUAUAAAUUUUGAGGAUCGCGGAUCAAAAGCCCAUACUUGCUCAUAACUCGAUCCGAGUAUGUCGAAAUCUUUACCUUACUCAAUGAAAGAUGUUCACUACGACAACGCCAAGUUUCGCCACCGAUCGCUCCUCAAGGCGAUUACUCAGACUUUGCUCACCACAAAUGUGAAGAAUCGCUAUAUGAAAUGUAGUACAGGAAGGUUUUUGGUGUUAUUAAUGAUUGGUGGUUUAGCAUAUCUUAUGCUAACCCGCACGAGCCCCAUCCAUUCUGUUUCUGAUGGUCUAGCACAAGAUAUUGGGACAAAGGAUGGAGAUAAGCUCAUGACGGGCGGUGGCAGCAGAUUUGGCAGAUUUUGGAGAAAACCACCAAGGCUUCCUCCUCGGUUAACGCCUGAUGAAAUUGGCAGUAAUAAUAAUUCCAUUCAUGAUCCUGAGAAGCUAAAUGAAGCUCCUAAAUGGAUAGCUAGGCAACAAAGUGUUAAGAAGGCAUUUAUCCAUGCAUGGUCUGGCUAUAAGAACUAUGCAAUGGGUUAUGACGAGCUUAUGCCACUGAGCCAGAGGGGAGUAGAUGGCUUGGGAGGUCUAGGUGCUACUGUUGUGGAUGCUCUUGACACGGCCAUGAUAAUGGGACUUGAUGACGUUGUUUCUGAUGCAGGUUCAUGGAUUGAAACUCACCUUCCAGAUAGGUUUAGUCAGAAAGGCCAAGUUAAUUUAUUUGAAACUACCAUCCGUGUUCUUGGUGGUCUUCUAAGUGCUUAUCAUUUAAGUGGGGGAGAACAAGGGAAAAUUCCAAUAAACAAGGGCCCUAAACCAGUUCUCUAUCUUGAAAUUGCUAGGAACUUGGCUGAUCGUCUGCUAACUGCUUUUACUUCAAGUCCAACUGCUAUUCCCUUCAGCGACGUUGUUUUGCGUGACCGCUCUGCACAUCCUGCUCCUGGUGGACUGAGUAGCACUUCAGAAGUUUCCACUUUACAGCUUGAGUUCAACUAUCUCAGUUCUCUUACUGGUGAUCCCAAAUACAGUUCAGAAUCUAUGAAGGUUUUGGAGCAUUUGAAGACUCUCCAAAAGGUGGAAGGAUUGACUCCUAUUUACAUAAGCCCUCACUCUGGUGAAUUUAGUGGAGAAAAUAUCAGAUUGGGAUCUCGUGGUGACAGCUACUAUGAGUACCUUAUAAAAGUAUGGCUUCAGAAUCGAGAAAGCAAUUGGACGUACUUAUAUCAUAUGUAUGAGGAAGCAAUGAAGGGUGUCAAGCACCUUCUAGUUCGGAAAUCUAUCCCAAAUGGAUUGGUUUUUGUGGGCGAAUUACCUUAUGGGCCUAGUGGUGCUUUUAGUCCUAAAAUGGAUCACCUGGUUUGUUUCCUGCCUGGUACUCUUGCGCUUGGUGCCACCAAAGGCAUUACAAAGGAAAAGGCUAUGAAAAACAAUUUGCUCACCUUUGAAGACUUGGAAAAUUUGAAGCUUGCAGAAGAUCUGGCUAAGACAUGCUUUGAGAUGUAUUCAGUCACUUCUACUGGUCUUGCACCAGAAAUUGUGUAUUUCAAUAUGGAGGAAAACCCUGAAGGAGGUCUUGAUGGUGGAAACAAGAGUUCGAAAUAUGUAAAUGAUAUAAUAAUCAAACCUGCUGAUCGUCACAAUCUUCUGCGUCCUGAAACUGUUGAAUCAUUGUUUGUUUUAUAUCGCAUUACAGAAGAUCCAAAAUAUCGUGAAUGGGGUUGGGAGAUUUUUGAGGCAUUUGAGAAAUACACAAAGAUUGAUUCGGGGGGUUACAGUUCUCUAGAUGAUGUCACCACACUUCCUCCACAAAGAAGAGAUAAGAUGGAGACCUUCUUCUUGGGCGAAACACUGAAGUAUUUAUAUUUGCUGUUUGGGGAUAGUACAGUAAUUCCUUUGGAUGAGUUUGUUUUUAACACGGAAGCUCAUCCUUUUCCUAUUAAAGUCUCUGCUAGGAGGGAAUAAAUACUGCAGCCGAAGUGCAGUACGAGUUAAAGCAUGUAAGAACUAAGUUGCAUGUCAGUGAGCACAGAUUGAAUUACUGGUGUACAUUUUAUAUGGGUCCUAUUAUCACAUCGGAAAAGGAAAUUUGGCCAUGACAUUUGAAGUAUUAAGGGCAGCUCAACUUGAUUUUUCCUGGUGAUGUGCAUCAGUGUUUUUAUCUGCAUCCUUGCGUAUCACAUUGAAGACCUAGGAGGGAAAUUUUGGGAAUUCUCUAGCUGUAUUGUUGCUCACAAGAUUAGGAUUCAUGACCAUCUUGCAAUAUUUAUUUCUUUAAGUAGAUACAGUCAUAUGAUUGGACAGAGUUUUUCCUCCUGUAAUCUGUUGAAGGCAUCCAUAUUUAAUUGAUUUCCCCAGUUGUCCAAUACCUUUUA